AUGGCUAGUCCCACCUGGGCAAGGGCGCUAGCCUGGGUGCCAGUCAAGCUGCCACUAUGCUGGAAUCCGCGCCCCGUCAGUCAAUCACAUCCCUGCCCAUUCGCGGGUAUGUGCGAAUGGGAGCCCCGUACUCUGGCCUCCUCUGGUGGCCCCAUUAGCCCGGGUCGAGGACCUAUUCCCGAAAUGGUCUCCUCGGGGAGCCUACAGAGGGGCUGA